AUGACUCUCUCUCUCUCUCUCUCUGUGACACGGUCCCUCCCUCUCUCUCUCUGUGACACGGUCCCUCCCUCUCUCUCUCUGACUAUCUGUGCUCUGUCUAUCAUGUCUGACUCUCUCUCUAUCACUCGGUCUGUCUCUCGCUCUAUCACUGGGUCUGUCUCUCGCUCUAUCACUGGGUCUGUCUCUCGCUCUAUCACUGGGUCUGUCUCUCGCUCUAUCACUGGGUCUGUCUCUCGCUCUAUCACUGGGUCUGUCUCUCGCUCUAUCACUGGGUCUGUCUAUUCUAUCCCCAUAUCUAUCACUGGGUCUUUGAAAAAAUUCUAUCACUGGGUCUGUCUCUCGCUCUAUCACUGGGUCUGUCUCUCGCUCUAUCACUGGGUCUGUCUCUCCCCUCUAUCACUGGGUCUGUCUCUCGCUCUAUCACUGGGUCUGUCUCUCGCUCUAUCACUGGGUCUGUCUCUCGCUCUAUCACUGGGUCAUUCUCUAUUUCUGUCUAUCUUUCAUCGCUCUAUCACUGGGUCUGUCUCUCUAUCCUCUAUCACUGGGUCUGUCUCUCGCUCUAUCACUGGGUCUGUCUCUCGCUCUAUCACUGGGUCUGUCUCUCGCUCUAUCAUGGGUCUGUCUCUCCUCAUCACUGGGUCUGUCUCUCGCUCUAUCACUGGGUCUGUCUCUCGCUCUAUCACUGGGUCUGUCUCAGCUCUAUCACUGGGUCUGUCUCUCGCUCUAUCACUGGUCUGUUAUAUUUUAAUAUUAUGGAUAUCUCUCUCUUUAUUCUCAACAAUUGUUAUUAAAUCAUUCUCAUCUAUUUAUCUCUCUCUAUCGCUCUCUCUCGCUCGCUCUCUCUCUCGUUUCUCAUCAUUUUUCAUCUCUAAUCUCUAUAUCUAUCUAUCUCUCUCUCUGGAAAAUCUGUCUAUGUCUCUAGCUCUCUCUGUUGUUCUCUUUACUCUCUCUAAAACAUAA